GCACGAUCGGAAUGACAUUUCCUUCGCUCCUUUUUUGUGCUGUAGUUUGACGUAAGACGGUGUUCGGUCCAUCUCGACUUGCUUCACUCUUUAUUUACUUCGCUGAUCAGCUGUUCUUCAGAAAACCUGUGAACAGCUGAUUGGCCAAGCAAAUAAAGACCUCACCCACGUUUCAUUCCGGUCGACCACAUAAGCGAAACCAACAACCACCACUGCAGUCAAAUACCACUGGCAAUGCGCUACCCUGGGGGUUCACUAAAGAACAGCUGAUCAGUCAAUUAAAAAAAGAACGAAGCAAAUGUCAUUUUGGUCGAACUGGGGCUCGGAUAGUACCGCUAUGUAACACAGAGUAUUUUGUUUGAUUUGCUUAGUAGGGGUGCAUUCCCAGCGGUGAUAUUGAAAUUAAUAUAAUCUGUCUUCUGUCGUAAACAAAACGCGCCAGGAUAAUUGGAAUUUGAACGCGUGCUUUGUGGAUCCUUGCAAUUAAGUGUUAUAAGAUUGCAUGUGGCAUAUGUUUAAACGAGUCAUCAAUAUGCCAAAAAUCAUUGACAUUGGAGCUAACCUGACGGAUUCGAUGUUCCAAGGUAUCUACGGCAGUUCAUCCAAACACCAGCCAGAUUUGGGCAUCGUUUUAAACCGAGCAUGGGGAGUAGGUUUACAGAAAAUUAUCGUUACCUGUGGAAAUAUCUCGGACUGUAUCACUGCUCUCAAGAUUAUUAACGAUGAUGAUAGACUUUUCAUGACUGUCGGUUGCCACCCGACAAGGUGCGGAGAAUUUGUUUCAGAUCCAGAAGGGUAUUAUCAAUCGCUGUCCAAACAGAUCGAGUGUAACCGUGAGAAGGUCGUUGCAAUUGGAGAAUGCGGCUUAGAUUAUGACAGGUUGAACUUUUGCGACAAAGAAAUCCAGAAAAGGUACUUCGAACAACAGUUAAAGCUAGCUACGAAGUACGAACUUCCUCUUUUUUUGCACUGCCGAAAUGCUCACGAAGAUUUCAUUGAGAUACUGAAGCGGAAUUUAGAUAAUCUUCCCAAACGAGGUGUUGUACACACUUUCGAUGGAACGCUGGAAGAUGCUCGAAAGUUGGUCGAUCUCGGAUUCUACAUUGGCAUCAACGGGUGCUCACUGAAAACCGAAGACAAUUUAAAGACAGUGGCUGAGAUACCAGACGAUAGAAUUAUGGUAGAAACCGAUUCUCCUUGGUGUGAAAUUCGACCAUCCCAUGCUGGUUCGAAGUUUGUGAAAACCAAGUUUCCAUCCGUCAAGAAGAAAGAAAAAUGGGAAAAAGAUUCACUGAUUGCUGGUCGAUGUGAACCGGCGAUGAUUGUGCAAGUUCUGGAAGUGCUCGCUGCUGUUAAAAACGAGCCUGUUGAAAACCUGGUCGACCUAUAUUACAACAACACGAUGAGUGUUUUUUUCCCUCACGAAAAGUAGAACAAAUAAAUUAUGAUUGCAACAAGUUUCUUUAA